UUGAGACGCCUCCAACUUGCUGAUCUCACUUUCGAAACAAGUACGUGAGCUUUUUUUGUGUUGACCAUACUCGUUUCGAAAUUGGUAAUUGAAUCUGAAAGUGCAGUUGGCUUCACCAUGUCCGGCCACGGCCACGGUCACGCACACGGCUGCGGGUGUGAAGGGCAGCAUGAGCCCGCAGAGAGAGGCGUGGAGUACGGACUAUACCGACGCAUCGACACCGAGAGACUGCAGUGUCUCAACGAGAGCAGGGACGGAGACGGGAAACUCGUCUUUAAGCCGUGGGACCAACGAACCGAGCGGGAGAAGUUUGUCGAGAGUGACGCCGACGAAGAACUCCUGUUCAAUAUUCCCUUUACAGGUAGCGUCAAACUCAAAGGAAUCAUCAUCUCUGGAGAGGACGUUGACUCUCAUCCAGCCGAAGUCCGACUGUACAAGAACAUCCCGCAAAUGUCUUUCGAUGACAUCGGUAGAGAACCUGAGCAAGCCUUCCGACUCAACAGAGACCCGCUUGCUGAGCUGGAGUAUCCAACCAAGAUCGCUCGGUUCUCCAAUGUGCAGCAUCUUUCCAUCCACAUAUCCAAAAACUUCGGAGCAGAAGUCACUCGGGUGUACUACAUUGGGCUCAGGGGAGAGUAUUCACAGGCUCACAGACAUGAGGUGACCAUCUGUAACUACGAGGCAUCAGCAAACCCCGCAGAUCACAAAGUGGAAAGCAUCAUCCCACAAACCAAUUUCAUUUCCUGAACGACCUGAAAGAGGAGGAUGAAGAUGAGCGAUGCGAUGGCUUCUGCUGACUUAUUGUCAUUUGCUGACAUUGGCACGUUUGAGAAGGUCAGAUGUUUUGUGACAUGCUGUGUUUUGGCAGGUGGACUCUGUGUGGCCAGCCAAGUCUGACUUGGAUGAAGUACUUAAAUGCUGAGGAACAGAAGUUCUCUCAUCUGCCUAUAAGUGCCAAGCUGUGGUUUUGUUUAUUAUGGCAAUAAAGUGCUUCAAAGAAGUGAGCAAAGUCUAAAUAAAUGCAUGAAACACAUGAAAUUAUGAAGUCUGCUUUUUUUUCUUUUUUUUUUAAUUGGUAUUUAUGUUAACUGUGGAUGCGUGGCAGAAAGUAAGACUAAGUAUUGUUCUAAAUUCGGAUAGCCACUGUCUGAGCUAUAAAGAACUCCUAAAAGUUAGUUGAAAGUGAGUAAUAUGGUACUUUUGGUAAUGUUUUUGUUUCAUAUUUCAGACAUUGGAUGACCAAGGUUGUUCUGCAGUACAAAGUUGGACUCCUUAGACAGCAUGAUAAACAUUGAGGAUGUUAAGUUAUAAGAGUUAUAAAAUAGAAAUACAGUGUGCAUAUAGCCCUCUUAGCACACCAUUAAACCCAUAAAAACUACCUAGAAAUCGCUUACAGAAAAGUGUCUGGGUGCCUUUCGCCACCCAGUGGCACAAUGACACUAACGUCGUGUCUAAACAAAAGAUGGGAUUGGCCCCAUAGUCCCAACUACUUUUUACCCCUUCCUUUUUAUUAUCAUGCUGAUAAAUGCCAAUUGCAUUAUUAAAAUCUGUUCCAUAGAUUUGUUCACAUUUGAUACCACCAUGGAAGAAAUUAUAUCUGGUUGUGAUUGAUAAGAGAAUUAAAAAAAGCCUGUGUAUGCUACUAAAACUGAACUGGCCCUUCUGUGCAGUGAACAUCAAUUAUUGUCCCCCUGUUAACCCAUUUUCUGUCCAGCAUUAAACCAAGCUGAGCUUUGAUUCAUACUAACAUUUUAACGGCAACAUUUUAAAAGCUUCCUGGCUAAACUUGAAAAAAAAGAUUUAUCACUUCCUGAUGCAUCAAUGCCUUCCUCUUACUAAAACUUAUUGGAUUCAUUAUUUCCUUACAUUAUUAAUGUGUCACUGUGUGGUCUGCAGUAGCUUGUGUGUGAAUUUACUGGAUAUUUACGUCUUUUGUGUAACAUGUUGAUGUUGAGAAUUUAUUUAAAGUACCAUUUAAGUCCUGUUAAAGUAUGUUGUUACUUUAUUUCAAAAAUAAAGAGAAACAG